AUUACAUCACCAUUUCAUGGCACGCGUUUGACGCAUUUGUUAAAAUUUUCGACUUUUCGUGACAGCACGUCAAUUUCGACAUUUGAUUGAUAAUUUUCUAAAGAUCCAUCAAAUUAGUUUGUUUGAAAGUUGGUUUGGGCGCUAAAUGUUAUUAUUUCGUUGUUUUAACUUUAAUUCUAUGAUGUGAGUGUGUGGUAUCCAUUUUUGGUUGCGUGUGUCUUUAUCCCAUAAUGAGCGCUCUCAAGUGUGUGGUUGAAGGGUGCAAUUUAGAAUAUGAUGUAGUCUGCAGCUUCUCGUUCUACAAUGCCAAUAUAUCGACGGACAAUGAAGCCAAACGGCAGGACUGGAUCGAAGGUGCUAUGCACGAGGAGAGUGAAUGCCUCUGGCGACAUGUCAGCUUGCAACUAUGCGGGUAUCAUUUCGAGCUGGACAACCAGGGCCUUUGGAUCGACUCUCCAAUGCUACCGGAGCUGCUGACCCACCAAGAGAAGACCGCUCCAGUGAUACAGUCGCCAAAUGAUAAGAAACUGGCUGAAAUUAUCCGUAUGGAACACAAUUAUAGCGUGGAGCCCGUCAAAGAAGAUCCCGAGAGUGUCUCCAGACUGAAUGUCAGACAAUUGGUUGAUACAUUGGGUUAUCUGUCACUGAAGAACUUGCAGCGCAAACAGCUGUGGGUCGUGAAGGUGGAGACUGACAAGGCAGAGGCUUCCAUCACGCAGUCAGAACAGGUCAUCACCAAGAUGCCUGACCCGAGGCAGAUUAUUGAGAUAAUCCCUCAAUCAUCAACGUCAACCGCAGCAGAACCGGAGGCCCAGAACUCAGAAGUUUUACAAAUUAUGGAUGACACUACCAUAUCGGACAACUUCAUAUACGAAAUAGCUGAGGAACAGGAAAUCACCAUGGAAGAGGUUAAAGAAAUACCAGCUACAUCAUCUGAAAACCCUGAAUGGACUGUCAACAUACUCCCCGAUGAUACCAAACCAAAAUAUGCUUAUAUUAAACACUGCUCUUCGGGCAAGAAGAAACGUCACUUCACAGCUGACAUGAACGAAAUUACCCUACAAGGCGAUUUUGAAAAUUAUUACAUACUCCCCGACGUCGAUCCGUCUGUAGGAGUCGAGAUAACAACGAGUUAUGAACCUGAAAACUAUAUAGUCGAGGAGUACCAACACCUAGUCCUCGACGAGAGACCGAAGAAGCGUGCCAGCAAAGAUGAUUCUGGGAGAAAAAAGAAGAAGAGGCUCUCAAAUCCUCCCGUGAAAGAGGAACCGACUGAUUGGGUGAUUGAGAACAACAUAGUAUAUGAACAAGAUGAGGAUUUCGAUGAUCCGAAGAAAGUGGCUUCGCGUGUAAGAAGAAAAAAUAAAAAGUACCUCGGGUAUGAUUUUGUUACUUAAUUGUCUUGUUUUAACUUGGCAUUUGACUUUGAAUAUUUAAUUUAGAUUUUGUGACUGGUCAGGCUUAAUUUUAGACCUAAUUUUAAAGAUUUUCUAACUAAAUUAGUCAAUAAUGGGGUCCUACCGUCUUGUCUGGCGUCUGCUCACCUGAAUACGCCGUGAAAUCUAUUUCGUUUCCGUCCCGCGGCCAAACAACUCGCCAUAAGGAGUACUUUCGAUGUAUAAAGUAAAAACAAAA